CCUGCCUGCUCACCCGCAGGCCCCCCGCCAGGUGCCCCGCCCAGGAGCAGAGCCCGCUGACUGUCUGCUCCCCCAGAUCCGGACCCUGGCGUACUGCUCCCAGCUGGUCGGCGGGGUGUUGGUGGAACAAGGCCCGGCCAGGGCAGACGUGGGGGCGCGCCUGCUGGCAGUGUCCUCCCAGCUCAGCCGCUGCAGGACCAUCCUUCGCCUCUUCGAUGACUUGGCCAUGUUUGUGUACACGAAGCACUAUGGCCUGGGGACAGAGGAGGAGGACAUCUUGGUCCGCUGUGUGUCUGUCCUGGGCAACCUGGCCGACCAGCUGUACUACCCCUGCGAGCACAUCGCCUGGGCUGCUGAUGCCAAGAUCCUCCACGUGGACGCCGCCCGGUGGUGGGUGCUGAGCACGGCCUUCUGGGGGCUCUCGCUGCUCCUGGGGGUUGUCAGGUCCCUGUGGGUGGUCCUGAAGCUGAGACAGCAGCUGAGGAGCCCUGCCGCGGCCGUCACCAGCCAGCGGCCCUGGAGCACGCAGGGGGCCGUGGAGGCCCGGAUCCAGUCGGAGCUCCUGACUCUCCUGAGCAACCUGGCCGACCUGGCCAACGCCGUGCACUGGCUGCCCCCGGGUUUCCUGUGGGCAGGCCGCUUCCCUCCGUGGCUGGUGGGCCUCCUGGGCACCAUCUCCUCCCUCCUCAGCGUGUUCCAGGCAGCCCGGGCCAGCGGCGGGGCGGACAAGGCCGCCUCCUGACCGGCCGGAGGCGCACGGACACUGCCGGAACCCGCUGAGGGCCUUCCACGGACAGAAACCACCGGGCAGGCGGCUGGGUCUUCUGAGCAAACCAAGGCCAGAUGCGGGGAGCUGCCACCCAGAGAACACAGGGCGUGACCUGGGGCACGAGCUCAGUGAGGCAGGGUGUGGUGGGCUGAGGUCCCCGGGUGCUGGGGGUCUGGGCCCUUCCGCCCAGGGCUCCCCCCCACACACUUGGAGGAGGUGUCUCUCAGGGCCAGAGCAGAGGACUCGGGACUCCCGUGUAGACGAAAAGGCCACAGCGGCCUAAGCAGAGCCUCACUCCCGUCCCUGGCAUCCUGUACCCAGGUGGGCAGGCCAGGAUGGCACGCGCCAAACGGGCCUUCGGAAAGCUGACAUGAGAAUCAAUUAAAACUGUGGUGCUGCUGCGAGG